UGGAAGUGCGUGUCAUUAGCCAGCAGAUUUUUUGGACUGAGAAGGAAGAAUAGAGGUUGGGAUGCAAUGGUGUGUCCAAUUCAUGAGAAUGGAAACCGUGGAAAGCGAUUCCUAAAGCUUUAAUAUCCAAAUGUCGACACCACUUGUGUUUUUUCCAAAAGAAGAAAAAAAUCAGUUGUCAGAUCGAUUAGAAAAGAGCAGCUUGUUGAUGCAAGAGACAGACCCUGUGUAUUCCUCUGCCGCCUGUUCCUGGGUUUGAUCUAGGGUGGACAUCUCCGCUGAAGUAAAAGCUGAGGGAACUGUCCCUAGGAAAAAGUAAGAACACCCACUUCUUGGUGUUGGAAGGAACCUGGGCUUUAGUGGGUUGGAAGUACAAGCAGGAGCCAUGGAGACUGCUGAGUCCGAGAUGAGCAUCAUACCCAAUGGAAAGCACUGCGAGGACAUGACCAUGCCAGUCAAAAUGCUGCCGGAGGACGACCAUCCCCGCAGGUUUGAAGAUGCAGAAGGGAAUUUAGCAGAGAGUGAGGAGUUCCUCCCCAGCACCGAGGGCAAAAAGCCAACCCGCUUCACCGAUUUUGAUGGAAAGACCUCCUUUGGCAUGUCUGUCUUCAACCUGGGGAAUGCCAUCAUGGGCAGUGGGAUCCUGGGGCUGGCAUACGCUAUGGCCAACACUGGCAUUGUCCUGUUCCUUUUUCUUCUCACGGGCGUGGCAGCUCUGUCCUCCUAUUCCAUUCAUUUGCUGCUGAAGUCUUCAGGUGUUGUGGGGAUACGGGCCUAUGAGCAGCUUGGGUUCAAGGCCUUUGGCACACCAGGCAAGCUGGCAGCUGGGAUUGCCAUCACCUUACAGAACAUUGGAGCUAUGUCCAGUUACCUGUACAUUGUCAAAUAUGAGUUCCCUCUUGUCAUCCAGGCCUUUCUGAAAUCCAGCACCUCAUCUGAGGAGUGGUACGUGAAUGGCAACUACCUGGUCAUCCUGGUGUCUGUCUGUGUCAUCCUGCCUCUGGCUCUCAUGAAGCAGCUAGGCUACCUGGGCUACACCAGUGGGUUCUCACUAAGCUGUAUGGUGUUUUUUCUCAUUGUGGUCAUCUAUAAGAAGUUCCAGAUACCGUGCCCCUUUUAUGACUAUAAACAUAACGCCACAGAGGUUUUUAACACAAGCACAAGUCUGGAUCACUCCAGUGGCUACCUGAAUGGCCACAGUCAAGAGACAGUAGAGCAUGACUGCAGCCCUCGUAUGUUCACCCUCAACUCCCAGACGGCCUAUACCAUACCAAUCCUGGCGUUUGCCUUUGUGUGCCACCCAGAGGUUCUGCCUAUCUACACUGAACUUCGCAACCCCAGCAAGAGGAAAAUGCAGCGCGUCUCUAACAUCUCCAUUGCUGUCAUGUACACCAUGUACUUCCUAGCAGCUCUAUUCGGAUACCUGACUUUCUAUGGUAAUGUGGAAGCUGAGCUGCUGCACACCUACAGCCGCAUUGACCCCUAUGACACGCUGAUUCUGUGUGUGAGGCUGGCUGUGCUCACUGCCGUCACUCUAACUGUGCCUAUCGUCCUGUUCCCGGUGCGGCGAGCUAUUCAGCAGAUGCUGUUUCCCAACAAGACCUUUAACUGGCUGCGCCACGUCAUCAUUGCCGUGUGCCUGCUCACGCUCAUCAACAUGCUCGUCAUAUUUGCACCCAACAUCCUCGGCAUCUUUGGGAUCAUUGGCGCAACAUCUGCUCCCUGCCUCAUAUUCAUCUUCCCUGCUGUCUUCUACAUCCGCAUCGUUCCAAAGGACGAGGAGCCUAUGCGAUCCACUCCCAAGAUCCUGGCUGCCUGUUUUGCCGGGUUGGGAGUCCUCUUUAUGAUAAUGAGCCUGAGUUUCAUCAUUAUUGACUGGACAACAGGGAGCAACAGUGCUGGUGGUGGCCAUUAGGCCCCACCCCUGUUUGUGGGGAGUUAAGAAUUAUUGCUGUUUUGUCACUGUUUAGAGGAUGCACCAUCUCUUCGGAUAGGAAAUAUCAACCAGGGCUGGACUUUUUCAAGCUUUCCUCAGCUGUUGAAAGAUCCAGCACACAGUGUACAGUUAAUUAUUGUCCUGUGCCUGGACAGAUGGGUUAAAGUCAACACAUGAGAACCACCAUACCUCAGUGAAGGGCCUUCGGUUGAUUAGCCCGAUCCAUGACUUGAACUUGUUAGAAAUCCUUAAUUAUAUUAAUUCUUUAUUUACUUCAUGAAAACCUCCCUUCUUAGUCCAUUGCCUUUAAGUUCACAAGAAUUAAUUGAUGUGAUUUGGCAGAGAGGAUAGCAGAUCUACAGUUUAGUUCCUCUGGGAAAUUGAUAUGUGGAAUCCUAAAACAUUAUUUUUUGCUUGCUUUUCUGUUUUUUCAUGUUAAAGUGAGAAACAAAAAUUAAAAGAGAGAUUCGUUGAUUUGGGAAGGUAGUGAUUACCAUUUAAAUUCAGAAGCUAGGUAAAGUUGUACAGUAUACCAAGGAACAAACAAUGGUUAUUUCUACACUGUAAAGCAGAAAAAAGAAAGACAACAUUUCAUCUGUUGAGCCUCUUCAGAUAGUAGUUUGAAAAUCGUGCGUAGCUCUGUGAAUUCUCAAAUGAGAAAAACUUCCAGCACAGAAACUAGAACAGAAAUUAAAAAAGACACUCACUGGAACAUUUCAGUGGUUUUAGUUUUCUAUUUUUAAUUGCCAACGAUUUAAUCAUUUCUGAUACACAUGUGACGACAUCUAAACUCCUUGCAAAUACUUGCUAGGAGCUGAGGUAAACGCAAUAAAGCCAACAGUGGUUUUAACAUUGGAAGAUCUAUGGUGCCAUUGUAGCAAUUCCAAAGGUAACCCUGCCUGAAGAUACAGAGUAAAGCUGAGACUGAACAGACAUUCAGAAAAGGGAUAGUGCAUCCUUGCAAACAUGACGGAAGUAGACAUUCAAGCUGGCUUGCUGAAAUUGCAACCUUUCUCCCCGGUAGCCCUUAAUUACCCUGAACUAACCUUUUUCCUAACCCCUGAACCUUGUGAACUACAGCUAGUACUGUACAGAGGCAAAGAAAGAGCACAGUUAAGUUUUGUAAUACCAGAGCAUACACUACAAAUGUUAGGAGUGUAGAGUGUUAUUUAGUAUUUUUAUAUAAAGGCUAUAAUGAUAAGUUAUUUUGUAAGUAGGACUGGGGAAAUAUAAUGUGCAAUAGAAAAGAAAUGGGCAGUCAAUUGUACUGGAGCAAUAUCUGUGGCAUUCCAGGUACUCUAUUCAUCUGCUUCCUAGACUGCCAUUCUAUUUUCAGAAAACAUGAACAAGGUCAUAAAUGAAUGUUUGGCCCAUGUUGCUCAUUUAGGUGAUAAUGGCUUAUCCUUCUUCCUGGAGUACAUUGUCAUUUAUUCAUUUUGUGUGUUUUCAGCACAAGAAAACAAAGAGUUUUGAGCUUUGCCAUAGGUGUAGCAAGCACAUUUUGUGGCAGCUCGGUCUCAUUUUUGUGCCAUAUUUGUGGUUUGGACUGUGGCGCAGUGGUUAACAUUUCUGCUUCGGCACUGAGGUGGCGGGUGGAUGUUCUUCCUGUGUUUCUUCGCAUGCUCUGUUUUCCUCCUGCAGCCCAAAGACAUACAGUUAAUUAGCUUCUGGGAAAACUGGCCCUGGUGUGAGUGUGUGUCUGUCUGAUGACUUGACUUGGCAAUGAAACUAAAACAUUUGAUCAAACAAAGUAUAUACUCUGAACUGUCUCAUCAUUGUGGGCCUUUGGUGUAAGCUACUCUAGUGAGUAAGGUCUGUCAAAACAAAAGAAAAAAUAAUUUUGAAUUAGCUAUUAAUGGUUAAAUAAGAGCAAUACUAUAUAAGGAAAAGAUGAAUUUUGCAAAUGGCUUUUAGACUUACAUUUUACUUAGGGGAAAUAUCUCAUUUCAACAGGUGUUGAAAUUCAAGGUUGUCUCAUGUUUGAUGUAUCCAGUAUAGACUAUAAUUAAGAUGACUUAGUGUUGAGAUAUUUCAGAUAUUAUAUAUUAUAUACGUUUAUUAUUAAAUCCAGGAAAAUUACAUUAGUGUUACAUACAAACAGUGAAUCAAACAGUAUAUAUCAGGAAAGAGGUAAAAAAUGCUAGAAGCUUCAUUUCAUAAUUACAAUCCAGUGAAGUAAAACAAAGCUUCUUUUAAGUGUCCUUUGGAUACUUGUAUUCAAACUGCCAUUUCAUAUUUUAAAUAAUUUUUAGUAUUGAGUAUUAAUCGGUUAUACAUUUAAAAUGUGUACUAUAUUAAUUGCAAAUCUUUGCAGUGUUGAACAAAUAUUGCACACAUGUAAAUCAUUUUAUACUUUGUAUUUAAAGCUAUCUGUCAGGUUUGAUGGACAAUAUUUCUCAGAUUUUAAUGCUUGUAAAAAUUGAAAUGCUUCUCAAAAAACAAGUUACAUUUCUCAGACACUAUAUGAUAGACCAUCUCUGUUUUGGCUUAGGAGCUGAGAAGCUAGCUUUCUUCGCCGAGCUAGAUAUAUUUGCUUGAAAACAAAAUGAAAUCUGAAAAAUGUGAAACUUAGUAGUUUUUAGUAGUUUUAUUUUUAAUCAGCAGAAAAGAAAUGGUUAGGAAGGACAGGCUUUGUCUUCUUAGAGCAAAACUGAACUAGUGCCAUAUUCAGGAAAUGAACGCAAACUUCUCAGAAACAAGUUUUUUUUUUCAUUUUUGGUGCAGCAACACUGAAGACAGAAUGUUGAAACAUUUCUUACACACCAUUUUCUUAUUGCUGUAUUAUUCAAACCAAGUGGUUAUAUUAUUUAAGGUUUAUAUUAUUAUUAUACUGUAAUAAUAUAUAUUAUUGGUGUAUAACUCUACAUUAUAAAGUUACAUAAAGAAGGGUAUCCUGUCCUCAGUCUCCUUCUGUUUUCCAUUGUUAUUGUUUUAUCUGAACUAUUGUUUUAUCUGAACUCACCUGCCAGAGCUCUGCUUAUAUUUAACCCCAGUCCUACUUAAGAAAAUUGUUGUGUUAUUGUUGUUUUUAUUGUAUUUUAUUGAUUUCCACAUUUGUGGAUGUUUUAGUUUAUAAUGUACAGUAGUUGAUUUUCGUAAUUUAUAGAGGUGGGUGUGUCUGAGAGUUUCACCGCAUUUCAAAGUGCGUUCUUGUGAACUGCAAAAGUUGUGGUUCACCUAAACAAGCAUGCCCUUUCACCAGCUUGCAAGUCCCAUUUUAGGAAGAACACGUUCACAACUGGACAUUGGUUUUAAUGGUGAAACCCUACAGUAUAUCCUUUGUUACAGAGCAGUGACUGGCGUACAGUAACUGAAUGCUUAUACUAGUCUUUUCUGUCAGUCUUUCAGUCUGGUCUCUACAGCACCAUCCUUUUUUACUUUAACUGGCACUUAUUUCAAAUUAUGUCACGUCAGUGUUCAAGUAUCACGUCGAAAUAUACCAUGAUACUUUUUCAAAAUCCUAAUUUUCAACAAAAUAUAUACAAUUUCCUCAUCUACAUACUAGUUUAUUUCAUAUUCAUGUUACAGGAGGAUGGUGAAUUGAUGUUAUUCUCCUGUACUGUAACCUAAACUUGUACUGGCUUCCUAACAAGGGGAUAAGGAAUGUUUAUUACUUAUGGUUAACAAGUUUAAUCCCAGGCUGUUUAAUAUGCCAUCUAUUAGAACUAUCAUUGUCCACAACAGACUGUCAGCUAUUUAUUAAUUGAUGCAAGCAAUGAUUGAUGUCAUGGUUGAAGAGCUGGUUAAAGCCUAAGUCUGGAAAGGGAAUUGAUAGAAAGGACUAGCUGACUUGAUAUCUGAGAAUCAAUGUGAACAAUUUGGCAUGUUUUUAUGUCAUGAUAUGAGCGGUAGUGUGCAAAAAAAGUCCAUGUAAAAAUGUAAGAUUGUGUUGCCAGACACAUACUGUACCAUGUUAAAGAACCAGGGCAGACUUUGUUAAAACUGAUUGCCAAAUGUUGCCUGGGUAACUGGGUACUCUCACAAAAACUCUUGUUUUCUUAUUGUAUUUUUGGUCUACUACUAAAAUAAUGAAAUGGCAAUGAGUGAAUAACAAUAUGUAUGAAUUUUGGGCUUACAUGUCAGCAUUUAUAAAUAAUGUAUAUAUUUAAUAAAAAAGUAAACCCUUUAUAUUCUUGAUGCAUAUCUAGUUUGUAUAGUGUAAAUAGACAGCAGGGACAGUUUUAGUUUGACAAUAAAAUAAAAGUAGUGAUUUUUAAAAGUG